GGGAGGCUCGGAUCGACAGCCAUGGAAGGAUAUUCUAUGUGGACCAUGUAAACAGAACUACAACAUGGCAGCGACCCACAGCUCCCCCUGCCCCACAAAUCCUCCAGAGGUCAAACUCUAUUCAGCAAAUGGAGCAGCUGAACCGCCGGUAUCAGAGUAUCCGACGAACAAUGACUAAUGACAGGCCUGAAGAGCACGCAAACACUGUUGAUGGAGCUGGAGAGGAAACUGACCUCCACCCUUCUAAUGCAGAUUUUCGAAGGGAGAAUGUGCUGCCUCACUCUACCUCCAGGUCCAGGCUUACUUUGUUGCUACAGUCUCCUCCUGUGAAAUUUCUUAUCAGUCCAGAAUUCUUUCCAGUGCUGCAUUCUAACCCUAGUGCCUACCGCAUGUUUACAAACAACACGUGUUUAAAGCACAUGAUCACCAAAGUCCGGCGGGACACCCACCAUUUUGAGCGCUACCAACAUAAUCGUGAUCUGGUGGGCUUCCUUAAUAUGUUUGCUAACAAACAGCUGGAGCUGCCAAGAGGCUGGGAAAUGAAACAUGACCAUCAGGGCAAGGCUUUUUUUGUUGACCACAAUUCUCGCACCACCACAUUCAUCGAUCCCCGGCUUCCCUUGCAGAGUAGCAGGCCCACUAGUGCAUUAGUUCAUCGGCAGCAUUUAACCAGACAACGCAGCCAUAGUGCGGGUGAGGUAGGAGAGGACUCCCGUCAUUCAGGACCACCAGUUUUACCAAGACCAUCAAGCACAUUUAAUACAGUCAGUAGAGCGCAGUAUCAGGACAUUGUUCCAGUGGCCUAUAAUGACAAGAUUGUUGCAUUCCUGCGACAGCCCAAUAUCUUUGAAAUUCUACAGGAGCGUCAACCAGAUCUCACCAGGAAUCAUUCACUCAGGGAGAAGAUUCAGUUUAUUCGAACAGAGGGAACCCCAGGGCUGGUGCGUCUAUCCAGUGAUGCAGACCUUGUCAUGUUACUGAGUUUGUUUGAAGAAGAGAUAAUGUCAUAUGUGCCGCCACAUGCCUUACUUCAUCCCAGUUAUUGCCAGUCCCCAAGAGGCUCCCCAGUGUCCUCACCUCAGAACUCUCCAG